GUCUGGGCCCCGCCCUGGACUGACGUCAGCACACCGCCGCUACAUAAGGGGCUGCGGCCAGUGUCCUCCACCACAAGCUGUACACCGCCUGUACCUCGCCAGUACCUCGCCGCCACCAUCAUGAAGUCUCUGGUGAUCCUGUGUGUUAUGGCCGCCUGCGCCUCCGCCCAGGUGGUUGUGCCCGGUGCCGUGGCUUACCGAGCCCCGUCCUACGACUCCGCCAUCAUCCAGAGUCAUCGCCUGGGCGGCAACUUCGCCUACUCCACCAACGAGGCCCACGCAUACGCCGUGCAGACCCCCGUCAUCGGCCAGCACAUUGUUCCCGUCGGCGUCACCUACACGCAAGGAACCCCCAUCGUCAAGAGCUCCACCGGGUACAUCACGCAACAGAUACCCCACUACGGCUACACCUUUCCCAGAGUUGCCACAAUUCCACAGGUAGCUCCCAUCCCACAGGUGGCUACCUUCCCACAGGUGGCUGCAUAUAGCGCCCUUCCCUACACCUAUGUCCUUGGGCCUGCUAAAUCUGACGCAGCUCCCGAACCCACAGCAGCAAAAGAGCCCAUCGUUGACACCCUUUAAGGCACCUUACAACUCAUUCGUUUUUGAGCUCAGUUCUCGACUACUUUCCUUCUGUUGAUUGUUCUCUGUAGUCUAUAGACUUGAUACUAUGUUCGAUCAUGGACGCAUCUUAGCGUAAGACUGUAUUAGCCCAUGAAUAUCUUCGGUUUGGACUGGCUAAGCGUUGGGGUAGGAGUACCUUGGCGUGGGCGCGUCAUGUCGUGGACGUGUCAUGGUGUGGGCACAUCUUAGUGUAGUUGCGUCUGGGUGCGCGCGCAUCAUGGCGCCUAGGGCAGUGACAGAGCCCAAGAGGGUUGGUCGCUGCACCUUGUACAGAUCCGGUGUACAGACCUGUAUAAUAAGAUGCAAUAUAUUAACAAAAAAAUAAAUAUUUAUUCUAC